AUGCUAAAUAAAAACCUGGGAUUGUUCUGGUUAUUUUCUAUGAGUUUCGCGGAUCUGCUUCUCCACAGCAUCCAGCUCCAGUUCUACCGUGUGCAGCUCCAAUGCAUCCUCACCUGCGCUCAAAGGCAGAGACAUAACCGACAUGAUGUUACAGAGCAAGCUGCCAACUCUCACGCAUUCAGUGUGAGAGUCAUGCAAUUGACCCAAUUCUCACGCUCUCACGCCGCACCCCCAUAUUUUCACGCAGACUCGUGCAGCACAGAGGCUGCUGACAAUAGCAUUAAACCAGAUCAAACCAAUGUAUUUUCAACGGAAGGCAGCAACAUCUCACUGUCCUGCACUUAUACUGGAUCAGUUAACAGUCUCCACUGGUAUCGACACAAACCUGGAUCAAGACCUGAGUUUCUGCUGAUGAUUCUUGAAGCAAGUAAAACUGUCACACCAGCUCAACCACCUCCACGAUUGUCCAUAAAACUUAAUAAUGAUCAAGAUAAAAAGAGUAAGAAAGUGGAUCUGAUCAUCUCCUCUGCUGCUGUAUCAGACUCUGCUCUAUACUACUGUGCUCUGAGGCCCACAGUGAAAGGAAAUCCAGCUGCACUGUACAAAAACUCACACAGUUUUGUUAUAUUGAAAGUAGUUCUGUCAGUGCUUUAG